CGCCGCGACCCCGCACGCGGAGCUGGUUACCCUCCCCUCCCCCGGUAGCUUAUAAGAGAGACCCCUCCGCCCCCUCCUCUCCUCUCUUCUCUCUGUUCCACCCACUCCUGCUCUGCUCCCAUCGAUCUGCCCCGCCCUGCGUGCGUGAGUGGUUUUCUGCUAGGGAUUUGAAACGGAGAUCCGCGAGAGAUUGAGGAGAGGGAGGGAGGCGUCGGUGGCGUGGCGGGGGAGGGAUGGACGGGCACGGCGGGGGCAAGCUGACGCGGACGCCGUCGUCGCUGCUGCGCUCGCCCACGGUGCGCAACUGCUCCUCUUUCCAGGCCGUGGUGGUCGAGGACCCGGAGCCCGACGACAAGAAGGCCCAGGCGCAGGCCAAGCCCCCGCCCCACCUCCACCCCGGCGGCCCCUUCCACCCGCUCCUCGUCCUCGCUCUCCCGCUCGCCUUCCUGCUCCUGCUCCUCCUGCUCCGCGGCGGCGACCACCACCUUGCGCUCCUCGCGGCGUCCGCGGUCGCCGCGCUCGGCGCCGCGGCGGGGGCCGCGCGGUUGCUGCGGGGGCGCCUGCGGCUGCGCCGCUCCCCGGGGUCCGGGUCCGUGCAGUGGUUCAUCGGCGACGAGGACGACAAGCCGCAGAAGCGAGACAAGGGCAAGGGUGGCGGCGCCGUGCUCGGCCGCGUGGUGCGGGAGGGCGUCGAGUUCUACAGUAAUGGGGACUGCUACGAGGGGGAGUUCCACAAGGGCCGCUGCAACGGCAGCGGCGUCUACAACUUCUUCGGCAAGGGCAAGUACGAGGGCGACUGGGUCGACGGCAAGUACGACGGCUACGGCAUCGAGAGCUGGGCGCGCGGCAGCCGGUACCGCGGCCAGUACCGCCAGGGCCUCCGCCACGGCCACGGCGUCUACCGCUUCUACAGCGGCGACUGCUACACAGGCGAGUGGGCCGGCGGCCAGAGCCACGGCAUCGGUGCGCAGACCUGCUCCGACGGUAGCUCCUACGUCGGCGAAUUCAAGUGCGGCGUCAAGCACGGUCUCGGGAGCUACCAUUUCAGAAAUGGUGAUCGGUAUGCGGGCGAGUACUAUGGGGACAAGAUCCACGGGUUUGGUGUCUACAGCUUCGCCAAUGGCCAUUGCUACGAAGGCUCCUGGCACGAAGGCAAGAAGCAGGGAGUUGGGAUGUACACCUUCCGGAAUGGUGACAAGCGAUCGGGGGACUGGGAUUCUGGGACUCUCAAGACCCCCCUGCCUCCGUCUGAUCCUUCCGUUCAGCGCGCCGUACAGGCUGCUCAGCGGGAUGCGGAGAACGCCUUUGGCCUGCCAAGAGUCGAUGAGCAGGUGCAUAAGGCCGUCAUGGCCGCAAACAGGGCAGCCACCGCUGCUCGGGUAGCGGCGAUCAAGGCAGUCCAGAACAGGAUGGACGGGAAAUUUUGUGAUACCUAUGUCUGACUUUGUGCUCAGGAAACCAUGUUUUUUCUUCUUCUAACUGUACAUUAGGGUAGUGAAGGACAAUAACUAAUCAGAGACGACCAGGGCAGCGCAACCGCUUGUUCCGAGUCAGAGUUCAGCAAGAACGGGAGGCGCCGGAGAGUGGAGCUGGCAAUUUUCGUUCACAGAACGGCUCAGAUUUCUCAAUCGCCAUCGGCGGCCCCCUUCUCCUUCCUUGCAAUCCGUAACUGUACACAGGUCCAAGUGUAUCAAUGGAAGAGUGAGUUUUUGCAAUGCUCUUUUCACUGCUUACUCUAAGUUAUCUGUGUGGACUGCACAUAUGAAUGUGGUUGCAUCUGCAUUUUCAUUGCUCCAACCUAAAUCUCGACUGCUUAUAGUUGGACUCCAUGUGCAGUGAUUCUCCAUUUGCAAAUGUACUUGGAGUUGCACAUGGGAGACUGUAAAUUUCUUCUUGUCCUGCAACUUGGAGUAGCUGUGAUGUAGGGCCACAUGAUAUAAUUUGUUUCUCGUU